AUGGAUGAUAAAGAAAAUAAAUUAUUGUGUCCAGGUUGUUCAGUAGAAUUAAAAGAGCCCUACAUCAGGUGUGCAGAAUGUCCUCAGCCAAUCAAAAUAUGUCUCAAGUGUUUUGGACAAGGAUUUGAAUUUGCUUCUCAUCAAAACAAUCAUUCUUAUAGUGUUGUGAGAGAUGAUUUCCCUCUUUUUGAUGCCAACUGGACAGCAGCUGAAGAACUUAAACUUAUUUCCCUCAUUGUAGAGUUUGGCUAUGGAAAUUGGUCAGAUAUUUCCCAGCAGAUGAAGACAAAAAGUAAACAAGAAUGUGAACGUCAUUAUAUCAAAUAUUUCAUUGAAAAACCCAAUGAAUUACUCCCAAAAUUUCCAGAUCAUUCUUUGUCUUUUCAUCCACUUCCUGUUGUCUUCAAAUUGUCUGAAGAUCCUCCACGGCCUCAGGAAGGCAGUCCUUUGUUUUUGGAAAUGGGUGGUUAUAUGGCUGCUCGAGGGGAUUUUAAUGUGGAACACAAUAACUUUGUUGAACUUGAACUCAAAGACAUGGUAUUUGAUGAAGAGAAAGAAGACAGUGAAGAUGAAGAUGAUGAACAUUUCAUGAGAGAAUUAAAGUUAGCUGUUGUGAGUAUUUAUAAAGAAAGUCUAAAGGAACGAUGUAGACGAAAAAAAAUAAUCCGAGAUUAUGGAUUAAUAAACAUGAAAAAAAUUCUUCAUUUCAACAAACGUUACGAUUGUACAAUCAGAAAUUUUGUAAAUGGAUUAAGAGUGUUCAAUCGUCUUAUGUCCCCUGUAGAAUUUGAUAUUUACAUCGAAUCUCUUCAUUAUGAAGAAGAAUUAAAAAGAGAUAUCAGAAAGCUCCAGGAAUAUCGAGAAAAUGGUUUGUGGCUCCAUCGGCAGCAAAAGAUUUUCAAUUGUUUGAAAUCACGUAGAGAAUCAGAGAAAAAUGACCAUCAUUUAUUGAGUGAAGUGUUGGCAAACAUUCAGAAUGAUGUUGCUUGCAAGAAUUUUUUACAAAGACAAGCUGUGCUGGAACAUAUUUCCAAAGGGCAAUCUCUCUCUCUGCCUACUGCUCCUCGACGUAGUGCUCCACCUUUGGAUAUUGUUGGACUUCCUGGUUAUGAUAAACUUCUUCCAAAGGAAAAAGAGCUAUGUGCUGUUGUCCGUUUGGUGCCAGAUGCCUACCUGGAAUUCAAGCGGCUGUUAGAGAUGGAAAGCCAAAAUUCUCUUUUACUCUUUUCUCUCUCACGUUUCCUCUUUUCUUUCUUUUUUUCUUUCUCACGUUUCCUCUUUUCUUUCUUUUUUUCUUUACACAAGUACAAUUUCACACACGGUCCAGCUGUAACAGAGAUAUACACUUUCUUCCUCUCUGUGGUUUUCUCUUUUCUUUCUUUAUUCUUCGUUACACAAUUCAGCUUCAAACAUGGUUCGGCUGCAACAGAGAUAUAUACUUUCUUCUCUCUGGUUUUCUCUUUUUUUUUCUUUCAAACACAGGCUGUAUUCUCAGCGCACAAAUUUCCUUGUGUCUUCUGUGAUAAAUAA